AUGGAGGACAUGCCAUCACAGCAGCAACUUCAACAGCAGCUAAUUCUAAGAGCACGCCAACAUCAAAUGCAAAUGAUGGCUACUAAGCAACGACCAAGCUCCGGCAGCCACAGCGACACUCCUUUACGACAGCAAAUGCAGCCUCGAUCAGGAACAAUGGGGUCUAAAUAUGAUGACCUGCCUAGGCUGGAACCCGCUGAUUUUAUCUUCAUUGGUGAGCAUCCUCAGUCGGUUGGUCUAGUUCCUGCCUUCUUUGGGCCCUUUGAAUCCGCCUGCCAGCACGGCCCCAUAUCCAUAAUUCAAUCCAUUGUCUCAUCCAAAAAUUUCACACCCGCUUUUCUUCAUCAUGGUCUUACACGUGCCCUACGCUCUGGCAAUACUGAGAUUUCUCGUUAUCUCCUCGAGAGUGGCGCACCAAUUGUUCGCGAAACUCCAAGCAAUAUCUUAUUUGGACCUUUGGAACAACAAAUCGCACUCUUUGAGCUCUUGACCCAGCAUGGAUGGACUCCCAACACCCCAGGCUAUUACGGAAGUGUCCUGCUCCCUCGGACUGUCAAGAGUCUCCCUGUUCUUCGUUGGUUUCUCGACCAUGGAGCCAAUCCCAACCUUGGUGCGCAGCAAACUAGCCAUGACAGGCGUGGUGGGCCAGAUAUUUCCUCGUGUGCUGCACUCGAGGCAGCUGCAGCUCGUGGAAAGGUUGAGGCUGUGCGUAUGAUUUUAGAUGCGGGCGCUAAGAUCCAAAAUGGCGUACCACUACAUUAUGCCGCUGGUGCUUGUCCUCCCGGUGCAAACCCACAUACUGGUCGCGUGGCCCCGAGUCGGGAAUUCGAUGCCAGCAGGAUUCCAAUAAUGGCACUACUAGUUGAUCGUGGAGCUGAUGUUAAUCAGAGAGAAGAGUCGAGACACAUGGUUGCACAGUACGCGAUUGUGUAUGCAGUGAAGGCAGGAGCAGUUGAGCGGGUGACAUGGUUGUUAGAGCAUGGAGCAGAUCCAUAUAUAAGAGGGAGCUUUGGUAGCGCAGCUGAGUAUGCGCGUGCCUCGGGAAAUCAAGAGAUCACAAAGGUCAUUGCCGAAUUUACCAAGGAAAAUGUUUGA